UUGGCGCUCAUCUACUUCUUCACCACAAUUCUCAUAUUCUCCGGUCUUUACGCCUAUUCUUGGAGUAUACAAGCGGUCGGAAUCUUGGCUAUAAUGCACUUGAUAGCAAUACCCGCCGCCUAUUUCGGCAUCCGUUACGACAAACGACUACUCGUUUUGUUAAGUAUACUGUUGUCGUCCAUUUGGCUCAUACUUAUCAUCGUAUAUGUGAUCCUCUUUAUCACCAGUAGUGGAGUGAAGACUGAGUUCAACAACAGAUCUCUGCAUCACUUGGUUUUGACGGCUUAUUCAAUGAUAAACUUGGCGUUCAUUGUGUUGUUGUCCAUCAAUAUCAUCAAUGAGACCAAAGCUGAUGCCACUAAACAGAGCCCGAAAGCGGCACAACAACCACCGCCCGGUGCGCCGCCCUCUCCCCCAGCGGUCAUCAUUAAACCAAAGCCAGUGACAGUUCCCACACAACCCAAGAAGUAAUAAUUAUAAGUUUGAUUACAAAAUCGCAC